AGAUACACAACACUUCAUUUUUUGAAAGUAAAAGGAGCUCACAAAAUUGGCACUAGACCUUCACUAACGGCUAUAAAUAUGCCCCUGAUAAUUAGUUGAGCAAAGAACUACAAACAAAGCAUUGUCAAUGGCUGGAAUCAAAUUUGCUUUCUUUUUUGCUGCAAUCCUCUUGGCGAUUGUUGUUAAUCCAUUCAUGAUCAGCUCCCCUAAGAUGAAAGUGACAGCAUUGAGAAACUUAUCCUUAGAUAUGGAAAUGGUUGAAAGAAAACUACUAAAAGAUGAUGGUUGGCUAACUUGUAAGAGACCUUGCAAUCAGAAUAGUGAUUGCUCUGACGGUUGGUUUUGCAAGACAUGCGCAAUUCCUGCCUUAGGGGAGAAAUAUAUGCAAUGCCUCCAUCAUCUAGAUUCCUCAAAGUAUGCUCAAGUGAUUCCAACUGCAUUUAUCGCGGGAGGUGAAAAUCUGCUUGAAUAAAAAAAAAACGCAGCUCGAUACACAAAGUAUUCCGCGUUCACACAGACAAAUAAAAUUGUAUUUCUACAUGUGUUUAUCUUGCUUUUCAUAUACCUACUUUGAGUGAAUAAAUGACGACUAAGAUGUUAGAUGUCCAAAUAUUCGUCGUUUAUUUUCUAUCACAUAUGUAUGUGCAGUGUCUACUAAUUUUUAAUAUGGAGCAUUAAUCUUAAUGAAUGAAAUAAGUUAUGCAGUUUGUU